AUGGGCUGGUUUCAUACGAUGGAUCCCGAAGAUCUAAAGGCAUUUAUGGCCGAGAAUGGUGGUGAAGCUCCGACUUGCUCCCUCAGCAACAAGCCAAAAGAAGACAGUGUUCCCGCCUGCUCUUCUGAAUCGAAAAAGCCGGAGGAAAAAACACAAGCUAAGGAGGAAACCAAACCUGCGCCUUCUGGAACUACAGCGUGUGCACUUCCCCCUACUUCAUCACCACCUCCCCCACCUCCAGAAACCGAGUCGAUCUAUCACCUUUGCCAAAAGUCACUUUGGGAGGAAGCUGUGGAAGCAGGGAAACCGUACUUUCCACCGACCUUCAUAGUGGAUGGAAAGUUUACGCGUGCUAGCGUUGGCAAAGAAGACUUGGUGUCCACUGCAAACUCUUUUUACAAGAAUACACAAGGUGCUUGGAUUGUUUUGGAAAUCGAUUGCAAGAUGCUUUAUGGAUUGGGGGUUGCCAUUCUGUCUCAAGACGCUCCUGAAUCGACCAAAACUGUUCCUGUGAAGUGCCUACAAGUAUUUGGUGGUAUUUCUACAACUCUUCCAGGCUUGAUCACGAAUGUCUAUGAUAUGGAACGGGUCUUUCCCUCAUCUGGCAAAUUUGUGGCCGUCUUGGAGUCUUCUGACGCCAAGAUACAAAAGGUAGAGCCAGCACAAGAGACUGCGCCUCCCCUAGUUCCCGAACCAAAGGCAAAGUCAGCCAAAGAGCAGUCCAAAAAGUCAAAAGGGAAAUUUGGCCUCUUCAGAAAAAAGUCACAGACAUAG